AUGUCUUCAACAACAACAACAACAAUAACAUUUCAAUCAAUAUUUAGAGUUAAAUAUAUUAGACAUGUGAUAUUCAAUCAGAUAUCUAAUACAACAAACCAAUUGGGUGAUAGUAUACAAAGAAAAUCAGUAAAAGGAAGAGAUAUCAUCAAGUUACCCUACCUUGAAAUGAUAUCAAAGUAUGCAAUGCCUUUGAACUUUGUUAGACACUAUCUACCUAAAGAUUGUAGUCACAUACUACUCGAUCGAAGAAGAUUAGCGAUCACUCAAUAUUGUCAUCAUCCAAAUGCAUACACUGAAACAUCUAUUGGAAUGGUCGAAUACAUAACAAUACCAAAUCAAGAGAUAUUAGAGUAUCUAGUCAAGAGAUGUCCUACCUCCACUCCUCUCGAGAUUGAAUUUCUCAAGAAUGCAAUGGAUAUGGCAAUCAAGAUUAGUUCUCUAUCUAUUGUAAAGUUGUUACACUCUAGCAAAGGUGUAAGGUUGAAUGGUAGACAUAUGUCUUUGGCUUGUAAAGCAUCAUCUUUUGAAAUAGUAAAGUAUAUUCACGAUAGUGGAAUUGGUAAAUGUGAAGAUGGAAUGGAUGAAGCAGCAAAGAAUAGUUUCGAGAUUGUAAAGUUUCUUCAUUUCAAAAGGACUGAUGGUUGUUCAAAGGGUGCUAUGAAUAAUGCAGCUGAAAAUGGUCAGUUAGAUAUUGUUAAAUUCUUACAUGAGAAUCGAGGUGAAGGUGCAACUGCCUGGGCAAUGGAUAUUGCAUCAAUGAAUGGUCACAUUGAUGUUGUGAAAUUCCUUCAUUUCCAUCGUAGGGAAGGUGCAACAACAAAGGCUAUGGAUAAUGCAUCAUUGAAUGGACACAUUGAAAUUGUACAAUUUCUUGAAGAACACAGAGCUGAAGGUGGAACGAGCAAGGCUAUUUAUAAUGCAGCUAAAAAUGAUCACAUCAAUGUUGUAAAGUAUAUUUAUAAAAAUCGACCUAGAGGUACAGCAACCGAUGAAUUUGUUAUUGGUCGUGAGGUUAUACCUAAAGUAAGCAUUGAAUUGCUAUCAUAUCUAGUUGACACUUUCAAGGCAAAAUGUACAUUAGAUGCUGUGGUCGAAUCAUUGCAAUGUGGUAGAUUGGAUAUCUUUCAUUAUCUCUAUAACCAAUUCUCGGCUGAUCCCGAUAUUUGGACACCUAGGAUUAUGGAUGUGCAGCUUCAAAUGGGCUCAUUGAUAUUUGAGGGUGCAUCAACCAUGGCCAUGGAUUGGGCAGCUCAAUAUAAUCAUUUUGAAGUUUUAAAGUUCCUUCACGUGCAUCGUACAGAAGGUGCAACAACCUAUGCUAUGGAUGGAGCAGCUAAAAAUGGUAACAUUGAAAUUGUAAAGUACCUUCAAGAGCACAGAAGUGAAGGUGCGACUACCGAUGCUAUGGAUUAUUCGGCUCAAUAUGGUCUCAUUGAAAUUGUCAAAUAUUUACACGAUAAUCGUACUGAAGGAUGUACAGCAAGGGCACUUGAAUAUGCUUGUACUUAUGGACAUGCAGAAGUAGCGAAAUUUCUAAUCAAUGUAAGAAAUCUGAAAAGUAAUGUAUAUAUACUCGAAAAUGCAACCAAAUAUGGAGAAUAUGAAAUUGUCAAGUUGAUUCUUCCUCAAUUCGUAGAUGCAGAGGGAAUACAAACAAUUGACAGAAUCCUUAAAACAAUGAAUCAUUAUUGUUAUGAAACCAAACAACUACUCAGAGAUCAUUUAAAUCAACUUAAAGGUGGUCAUGACCAAGAUAAUGUUCAACAAAGCAAUAAUCCUUUGAUGAAUCUCAUAGGCUGGAUCAUGUCACCAAAAAGACAAUAA